AUGGAGUAUGUUUCAAAUGAUGAAAGUGCAAAUGACAUAAUCCAAGAUGAAAGCAACGAAGGAGAAAUUGAAUUAACUGAGGCAGAGUUUUAUGACCUUACAAAUAUUAAUGAUAAGAUAGAUGAAGAAAUAAUAGACGAUGAUGAAGAAGAAGUUAAUAAAGAUGAUCAAGAAAACGAUAAUGUCCAAGAAGUUUAUAAUAUUGACGAUGAUGAUAAUGGUGUAAAUAAUGAUGUAAAUAAUGAUGUAAAUAAUGAUGUUCUUUUAUUAGAGCAACAAAGAGAUAAUGAUGUAAAUGAAGAAGAGGAAGAGGAAGAAGAAGAAGAAGAGGAGGAGGAAGAAGAAGAAGAAGAAGAGGAAGAGGAGGAGGAAGAAGAAGAAGAUGAUGAUGAUGAUGACGAUGAUGAUGACGAUGAUGACGAUGAUGAUGACGAUGAUGAUUAUGAUGAUGAAUAUGAUGAAGACGAUUUCAAUGAAGCAACAGUGUCUUGGAUUGAAUGGUUUUGUCAAUUGAAACAGAAUCUUUUCCUCGUUGAAGUGGACGAAGAUUUUAUAAGAGACGAAUUUAAUUUGAUAGGACUUCAAACGAAAGUUCCUCAUUUUAAGAAGCUAUUAAAAAUUAUAUUAGAUGAAGAUGAUGAUGACGAUGAUGACGACGAUGAUGAUUAUGAUGAUGAUGAUGACGAAAUAAAUCGUGAUUCAGAAGAAAUGUAUAAAAAUAAAGAUAUGCAUGAGCAAAAUGCUGCAUGUUUAUAUGGAUUAAUACAUAGUCGUUUUAUAUUAACAUCUAAAGGAUUGGCAUUGAUGAGAGAAAAAUAUAAAUCAGGAAUAUAUGGUACUUGUCCAAGUAUAUAUUGUGAAAAUGCAAAAUUAUUACCAACAGCAAUAUCUGAAAUACCCAAAUUUUUAAGUCCAUUAUUAUAUUGUCCUAGAUGUUGUGAAACAUAUUAUCCCAGUAAAAAUUCUUUAUUAAAUCAAUUAGAUGGUUGUUAUUUUGGUACCAGCUUUGCUUCUUUCUUUGCCCUUUCUUUUAAUAUCGCUUCAGAUAAAAAGAAAGUUUAUUAUACCCCACAAAUUUGUGGUUUUACAAUUAAUAGAAAUAUAAGGGAGACCUUAUAUAUGGAUGUUAAUAAGGAUAAUACCGAAUCUUCUGAAGAAUGCCAAUGA